AUGAACUCCGGUCUGAAAUUAAUCAAUAAAAAAUACAUUAAGGAGACAUUGAGUUCCACCUUAGCAACAAAGUCGAAAGUGUCCUGCGAGACUAGAGUCGACUUCAGGAAUGGCCCUCCAGUGCACUGGGCGGUUGCGGGAGAGUUCGGUGCCAGAACACAUUUCGUUCUCAACGAGUCUGAUCCCUCGUCGGCACAUCUUGCCGUGGAGAAGGUAGCACAUCAAGAUGAAGGGGUGUACAGAUGCAGAAUCGACUAUGUUGACUCACCCACCCGGAAUUACAAGUCUCCUAGGAUAUACGACUUUGAAGGUAGAGAAAUUCUGGGAAAUAUUGCUGGCCCUUUUAGGGAAGGGCAGGAUUUGUUACUCUCGUGCCAGGCUGCUGGAGGUAAACCAUCGCCUGACGUAUCAUGGUGGCGGGGCGAAGAGCGUUUGUCUAUAACUAGAGAUGGCUCAGUAUGCCAACUGCUUCUGCAAAGUCUGUCCAGGGAGAUGGCCGUGAAGCCCCAAUUCGUUCGCGUAUCGGGUAAAGGGGCGGCGCGCGCGGGGCAAGACCGCUCGUUCGUAUGCACCACGCGGGGAUCCAAGCCGGCUCCCAACAUCGAUUGGUUCAUCAAUUCUCAGCUCGUCGACUCCACUUUGACCCAGGUGGACGUAGACGGCGAGGUUACAAAGAGCGUGUUGUCCUGGCAUAUAAGAAGAGAAGAUAGCGGCAGGCAGUUAGUGUGCAGAGUUUCAAACCCAUGGUUUCCUGCCUACACAUUGGAGGACUCUUUGAUGUUUGAUGUUAUGUCACGACCAGAAUGUGCGGCUGGCAGUGUAGUCCAGCAGUUAGCUGGCACUCCAGGUGGUGAAGUCAGGGCUAGGUGUUCAGUCACUGCGCCGUCUACGAGGGACGCUGGCCCAUUGAGGUUCUACUGGACUUACAACGGGACCAAGGAUGUUCUACCAAUACCAGCUUCAAAUGUAACAGUGAUGGGGUCAAGCAGUACUGUGAUUCAUGGCUUACCGUCAGACAAUAUCGACGAGGAUCUCGGUUGGCUCGCGUGUUGGGCCAGCAACGACAUAGGGAACCAGAGGGAACCCUGUCUGUUUAGAAUAAUGCCCGCUGCUCUUCCGGAGCCGCCGAGCAACUGCGAAAUUGAGAACGAGGUGCUCCACUGUGAGCCAGGGCACGACGGCGGGCUGACACAGAGGUUCCUCCUGGAAGCGCUGGAGGUACGGCCCCGCACGGACCCCGUGCCAGAGGAAAAUGACAUCUCCACACUCAAUGAUCAGGGUAUAUCUAGUCGAGGUUUGACAGAAGCAGUGUACCGCGCCAGAAACGACAGACCGCAGUUCUCUCUAGAUGCUUUGUCUCCUGGAAAGUAUACAUUGCUGGUAUACUCAGAAACUCCAAGGGGCAGGUCACCUAGGCCAGCAGCAUUGCACAGCGUGGCAAUAAGAACAGCAGAUGAUUUGGAUGUGCCAGGUUCUCUUCAAACAAUGACACCCUCGCCUCCUAGUCCACCUUCGGUUGGAGAUAACAGCGUAGCGCUGCUUACUGGGGCGGCUUUAUCCCUCGUCCUUCUUACCAUCUUAACUACGCUGUGCGUCACAUUGGUGGUCAUGUGCAAGAAGAAACGGCCAAGACGUGACCCAGAACAGAAUACCAUCCUGCGCAGAAACGUUGGCGUAUCUAUGUAUGGCGGUUCUUCAAUGUCACAGAACGUAGUUCCUACUGUGGUAGUACGAGGACACAGAGGAUCCAGGGUACUAGCAGCUAGGUGGUCUGGUGUACUGGACGAAGCACCAUUAGCUGUGUUGGCGUUGGAUACUAGACCGCAUGAGACGGAUUCCAAUCACAGUGAUGCCGAACAAGAAACUGCACUCAACAGGCAUAUAAGCAACAUGGAAACACAGACAGACACAAAUUAA